UCUUCUUAAAAAGAUGGAUUUUUUAGGUAGUAAGGAGUUUGAAAGUGUUUAUAUUCAUCAUUUGGUAAACGUCUCGAAACAACUGGUAUAGACACGAUCAUAUGAAAAAAAAAUAUGCACGAUCAAGAAAACAAAUUGACAACACCAUAGCCGUCUUUCAUUUUCACAACAAAAUUUUGAGUGUCUAACUUUAGAUAAUUCUCGCUACACGCUUAAUUCGAUGCAGCGCGCAGGAUCGUCGGGAGAUGUAAAGAGAGCUAAGGCCAAGCCUCUAGAUAUACCUGCGAUCAGCAGAGGUGAACAAUUUUACAAAAAAACGUUCGUGUAUAUUUCAAAACUUUUGUCAUCUCGUACACUUCGAAGAUGGCCGACGAUCCAGCUAGGAGGCCUAAAGAGCAGGUCAAGGUUGGCAAGUCGAUCAAGCAGAAAGGAGGAAAUAGGUCUGGUGAUUCAACUACAAAACGGGCUGACCCAUCCAAGAUAAGCAAGACAGCCGACCAAGAGUCGUCUGGAUCCGCAACUAUAGAAUUCGGGUCGAUCAAGCAGAAAGGAGGAAAUAGGUCUGGUGAUUCAACUACAAAACGGGCUGACCCAUCCAAGAUAAGCAAGACAGCCGACCAAGAGUCGUCUGGAUCCGCAACUAUAGAAUUUGGGUCGAUCAAGCAGAAAGGAGGAAAUAGGUCUGGUGAUUCAACUACAAACCUGGCUGACCCAUCCAAGAUAAGCAAGACAGCCGACCAAGAGUCGUCUGGAUCCGCAACUAUAGAAUUCGGGUUAACAGGAGUUCUACGGCACACUCGAAGACUGGUUUUACAAGAUGUGCGUAGCUCAUCAUCUUUCAGGCUGAGGCGAGGAGGCAAGAAAUCUGGGCGGAACACUGUUAUUAGGGGUGAUGCUGGACUGGAGCUACAUGUAAUCAAGUGGAUGAGCAUCGAUGAUGAGACUCAUCUUGUACUAAGGGAUGCCUAUUUCCUCGGAGAUGACAUAUCCAUACUGGCUCCAUUGUGUCCGACAGUAAAGCAUUUCUCCAUUGAUUUCCACACGAUACGUCUACUUCCAUUUACCCUCAUGUCUACGCAUAUGCGUGUGCCUAUGAGAUCUGUCAUCACAGUUUGCAUUAAGUCCCUGUAUUGUCUUGGAAAUCUCCAGGAGACACUAUCGGAGGUCGGUAAUUUGUUUCCAGAUGCACAGAUUCUAGAUAUGCAAAUAGGGAUUCUAAAUUCUCCAUCCGAUCAAGCAUACUCUCAUGAGGUCUAUUCAUCAUCAUCCUUAAGGGAGCUUAAAUUAAGAUUUGAGGGGAGGUAUGAUAUCACUACAGACAACCUGUUAAUGGAUAUUUCUACCUCCUGUCCAAAUAUCGUAUCACUGGUGUUAUCAGGCUUUGGAAGAUGUCCAUCGAACAAGUCAGGCAAAGAAAUUACAUCAUGCAAGAUGCUACAUCUGACCAAAAUCCAUCUUGAAUCAUUUGGAACGGAUAAUCGCCACAGAUUUGAAACAUUAACGAGUAUAUUUUAUGUAUUUCAUGUGAUAAGUCCACGUUUGAGGUUUGUUGAGGCAAAGAAGGUGCAGCUAGGAGGUGCAGAGUUUGCCUCUGCUAAGUGGUCCCGAACAUCUUCAGGUUAUGAGCUACAACUUGAAGAUGCAUCAUCAGCUGUACCAAUGGCUGACCUAAUGCAUCUUGUGUCAAAUGAACUCGAAGAAGUAACUGUCCUGACAUUUGACAGGUGUAAUGUUGACAUUCCUCAGAGUAUCAGUCAUCCACCGCAUAGCACAAGGGAAGAGAGUUCGCUUCAAGAACUCAAGUUCUUAAAUGUGGAAUGCCCGUUGUCUCAAACUGACAUCAACAAACUUUCAGAGAUGUAUCCAUAUGUACAGAUCACAGUUAAACAUGAAAGUCAGGCAUCACAUGAAGACUCUAAGCAGGGUACGUCGAUGCCUUUCAAGCUAAAGUGGAAGACCUCCCCAUCCUCCCCAACUUCUUCAAUGGAUGAAGUCAAUGUGGUACCAAUCAAGAUGGAAUGUUGUAAGAGAGUUGGAGUUAAAGGUGGCAAACUUCAGCUAGAUUCCUUCGGAAUUGAACUUGAGAUCCCUCCUGGUGCAAUUGACAGCGAAGCGCCACAGGACAUUUCUCUUCGUGUCCUGACAGAUACUCAAAAUCUUGGCAACAACAAAGAAGAGAUGUCAGUCUGCUUUGGUGUACAGUGUUUAGCCCCUGAUGACUUAGUCCUUAAGUUACCGGUGACUUACACAAUACCCCACUGUGCUGUGAUUACACGAUACUCCAGUGUGAAGGCAGUCUUGUACACGGGAGAGGGAGAAUACUCACCCGAUGCAGUUGUUAAAGAACGAAUUGUGUUGUCGAGGUAUGGAACACCUAGCUGCACCAUCAACAAAGAUGUACUCAAACUGAAGAUGAACCACUUUUCAUGGGCGAAGAUUAAGUUGAUGAUCAAGAAUUUCUUCUUCAAAGGAAAGAAGAUGCGCUGUCGGCCAUUUAAAGAAAAGAACCUACCCCUACAGAAGACACCUGUCAUCUUACGUGCACACCUCUAUGAUGCCAUAAAAGGGAAUUGCGAGCUGAUAAAAAGACAAGAAGAGGAACAAGAAUUCGUACCUGCCCAUCCAGAACAAGAGAUCGUUAUUCAGGCAGCAGAAAGUGAUCUCAAAAUGACCUGUUAUGUAAAGGAGACAGCAAUUGGAAGACCUGCUGUUGUCCCCUUUGAUAAACUAAUGAGUGGAGCCAGGAUCUGUAAGCCCUUUGAAUUGGACUUCACCAACCAGCCAGACAUUGUUGCAGUGUCACUGAGAGUAGGACAAAAUGAGAAACUAGAGGAUGAUCUCUUAUUUCCUUUGGAUUUCUCAAUUCCUCACAGAAGAAAGAGAACUUUUCCACAAGAUCCAGAAGAACUGCAAGGUGCAUCAAGUUCACGGACGCUGCAAACAUCACAUCCAAUUCCAGAUGAAACUCCGGAGAGCGGCUCAGGUAAACGGGACGAAUUUGAAGAAAAGCUGACCACUGUUGCUCGAAGAGUUGCCACGCGUGUUGAUAUAGAUAAUCUCAUGAAGGCUCUCUGCCUUCAACCAGGAGAUGUCCAACACUAUGCCAACGAUAACAACAAUUCAUCAUACAUGGUUACACUAUCAAUGCUCCGAGACUGGAGAAAGAAGCAAACCAAGGCCACAGAGUGUGAAGCCCUGGAGGAUGUUCUAGAGGAAGCUGGUCAAACCAAUCUCGCCGAUGAGCUAUUUGGUACUUCAUGAGAUACAAAUUAUAUGCUUCUCUACUGAGAACUGCAUUGUUCCAAUGAGAGUAUAAUGAUUGCACAGCUUAAUCAAAGUUCCUGAUUGUUGGGGACUUGAUGUACAUAGUAGCAUUUCUAGGAUCAAACAUUAAACUUUAAAUAUCUAUCCUUGAUUUGCUAGUGUUAGAAGUGCAAUUUUGUAAGUACGUUUAUAUCUACUAUGACUUUAGAUUACCUUCAGCACAUUCUUACAAGCCUAUGCACUAUCCUGUUGACUAUUUGUUUUCACUAUUACUCAUUCCCAUAAGCAUAGCACAGGGACUACACGGUUCCAGUAGACAAUGAGUUAAAUGAUGUUUAUGAAGGAAAAUAUUUACUAUUCCUGUUGCUAUUCAAACGAUAUUUUGUUUUGCAAUACUUUUUAUGUAAUGUACACUACUUUAUGAAUGAAAAUAUUCCCAACAUAAGGUUUCGUUGGUAUUUGUAUAAUAUAGUUGUUCUUCUGAAAUAUGAAUGUAAAAUACAUGUAUAGACCAUUGCUGCAAUUUGAAGUGAAGUCACCAUUUAACGCAUUGGCUUCAAAGAAUCAUGUAUGAUUCUGUACAUCGGGUCUAAGAUGAUAUAUACUUGUUAGUAUUUAAAACAUCAUCACAAAGACUCUGGAGAAUCAGCUCCAGACCAAUUUCAACACCCUUUCUAUAGCCCAUAUAAACCAUGUUCAGAUCAUGUAAUUCACUGUAUAUCACUGUAAUGUUCAUUUCAAUAGUUGAUGAUGGACUAGUUAGACUAAUAAUAUUGCCUUAUCUUGAUUUAGGCAUGCCUUGCAAACUGUUUUUUAUUGUAUAACACAAUAAUAUUAACCCCUCAAAAAUUCUUAUAUCAGUUUUUCUAUGGAUUUAUUGUCAAAUGCAAUUGUGUACAUUUUUAUACUCCAGAUUUAUAUGCGUUAUAGUUCAACAAUGUUGUUAUCAUGGUUUGUAAAAUAACAACAAAAUUAAAUGAAAUGAAAUAUACAUGCUCGCUUAUCUUAUAUUGUUAUAAUCAUUGCUAUGAUCUAAUCACAAAGAUUCGAAAGGAAUACAAGGUUUACAUUACAAUGAAUUGUGAUGAAAGUAGACACUGUAAACUAUGUUUAAAAUUUUCAGCAAAAUACAGUAAUGCAUAUAAAAGAUGUGAAAUUCAUGGCGUUAUCAGAAUGAAUGGGACUAAAUGUGUGUUAUAUUUUCGAUGUAAAUCCUCCUGAUAUUCUCACCAUUGGUGGAGUAAGAAAAAGUACUAUUGCAACAAGAACUCACCAAGGAUUCUAUGAUUCUGUACCUUAGGGAAAAGAGCUAGACUGACCAUUAUAAGUGCCUCCAUUUUGGAUUUCGUUUGAUAAAACAGAAUCCCAAACAUGUCAAUAAUUGUUAAUCGUCAGUAUAUCACUACAAAAUAUCGUACCUAUCUUUGUCAAAUAUUAAAUGUGAUUUGAAAACACUCUGCAGUAAGGAAACGAUCUACAUAAAAACUAUAUCAUUAUCAUUAAUAGUUUGACGUAUUGCCUAUAGAAAUGUGCACAUAUUUGAUUGCCCUCUUCUGUAUAUAAUAUGCUUACUAUCAUACAUGAUAAUAAGGUUCUGAAAUUGCUACAGGCUAAAUAAUCAAAAUGUAAUGUAUGCAGAUAUAAUGUUGAGUUUUCAGAUAUGAACGAAUGCGAGAACAUGCUUUUUUUUAUUUUGAUAUAUUCCGUGAAGAC